CACUUUUAAAAAUACUAUGAGAGCACGAAUGAUUUAUGGAUGGAAUAUUUUUUACACUGUUACAAUAAAUGUAGUGAUUAUAUACUCUUUGCUUAAUACUGAUUAUUAUCUGUGGUCAACCAACAAUAUUAAAACUAGUAUUCAUUUUGCAAUUAUUGCCAUUUCCGGAGUGUUUAAUAGUGUUGGAGGACGUAUUGGGAUUCCAGAAGCCCCGAAAGCCCUGAUUUAUCCGACUUAAUUCAGUUAAAAAACUAAAAAGAAAAUGUCUAACAGUCGUAAGAGAAGACCAGACACCCCUAUGAAAAAAGGAAGCCAAUUAAAAAGGUCAUGCAGACCAGAUUUGAUACCGUCUGAUGAUAGUGAAGAAUCUGAAUUAUCUCAACCUCAGUUUGACCACAUCCCUGAAGAAGAAAUGCCUAAAUUGCCUGAGGCACUUGUUCAAUCCUUUUACAAGCCUCCCGGAGUACUACUAAUGGCAGGGCUCGUUUCAUGGGAUUUAGUCGCAAAGCGAGAAAAUAAUCCCCUGAAGAUGACUCACCCGAACUUAUUUACGUUUCACAGAUUUUCCGAUAAGAGGUUUAGACUGAUAGUAAGCUGCUGUAGUGCUGGCCAUUCCGUUCUUGUAGCAGAAGAAGGAAUAGCUUAUGCUUUUGGUCGAAAUUCGUUUGGCCAACUCGGUUUGGCCGAUACUGAGACACGUAAUUACCCUACAAAAAUCCCAGCUCUAGAACAUCACAACAUCAUUAAUGCAGCUGUUGGAAAAAACCACUCGCUCUUUGUAACAGACAAACGACUGAUUUUUCUAUGUCAUAUAUUCACAGAAAAUAAGACUGUUAUUUUAAGAUUUUCUAUGUAAUAUCAUUUUAGUGAAGAAUUAUCUGAUAAAUCUGCAGUGAUAUCAGGGUGUCACGAAGCAUUUCUUAUUUAAAUUUUAAGUACCUGAAAUAUAAAAGAGCUCAUAAUACAAGUGUGUCACAGACAUGUAGCCUAGACAUUGUUUGUUACAUUAAUUUAUCUUCUUAUUUUUUAGCUUUUUAUUUUAAGGUUUUAUUGUAUAAUUGAACAAACCUAUAUUUUGUCGCCGUAAACUGGUUCACAGAACAAUUCUUAUUUUGUUUCACAGAAAAAAAAAAUAUAAAUAUAUUACAUUUUGACACUUAGAAAUAAUGUAAAAAAUAAUUAAUGUGAUACACCUAAUAGACAAAAUUUUAUUAAAGACAAACACACAAUUUUUAUUGUAAAUACUAUUAUUACGUAAUUUAAUGUAAGAAUAAGUUAAAAAAAAUAGGAUUCUUUUGAUUAUAAAAUUGCUUGUUGGUACCUAAAUGUUUUUUUAAUUAUUAAAAUGUAACCAAAUAAUGUUAUAAUUGGAGUCCAGUGAGCCAGCAAUUUAAAGAUAAUAAACAGUAUGAACAAGAUAUGACCUUCACUGCCUAACCGAAGAUUCUCAUUAGAUAUUAUAUAUCCAAACGCGUCUCAUACACGUAAAACGUACUUAUCUAAAUAUUUUCCUUCACCUUGUAAGAGAUGCAUUUAAAUAGGUUGCUUAUGUAUAGGUUAAUAAUUUAAUUAUUGAUAAGCAUAAAUUAAAAUUUUUAAUAAUUAAAAGGUCGGUGUUAUUAGUUAGUUUAUAAUGAGUGUAAUUUUUAAGAAUACAACACUUCCUGUCCUAUAGUCGACCAGCUCAAUCCACCUCUUAAAAUUAAUGUUUAUUAGUAUACGAUGGUACUUUAUUAAUAUAGCUCUGGAAUACACUAUAUUUACAACAAAUUAUUACUAAAGAUAAGUACUAAUAAUGAUAAAUAACCACAUAAAAACAGAAAUGUACGAACUUUGUGCAAUUUAUAAAUACAUACCUGUAAGUAUUUUCUACAAGUUUAAAGGUGAAAAGAUAUGGUUUAAUGAUUUCGGGUUUUCUAAUGUAAUAACAUUGUGUAACAUUUAAUACUUAAUUUAUAUAUAUAUGAAUACAUAAUUCAAGUCCACCGACAUAAUAAAUAAUUACACUAAAA